GUAUGUCGCGACCGAGGAAACGUUGCCGCCUUCCGAAAUCGGCCUCUAUUAUACCCGCCGUUUGAAAAAGACGUCGAACCACGGCGCGCUAGAUUUGAAAGUGUGUUUGUUGUCAUCGUCGUCGUCGUUUGUUUAUUUUUUGAUCCGAUUGAUUAGAUGGGCGAUUGUUUGUCAAUUAAUUCGCGAAAAAAACAAGCGAGAUAGAAUUGAUGUGGUCAAAGAGUGCGUGCGAGGUGUGCUUCGGUUGAAUUUUUUUGUGCAGGUGCGUGAACCUGUUGUGUUGUGUAUUGUUCGGGAGCGAAAAAGGAUUACGGGAUUUAUUUUUAGAGCCGCCCAAGAAGCUGGAAAAGUUGAAUAGACUUUUUACUCUAAAUCAAAGUGCAGUGAUUCGCUAAUGAAAACUUUCUUGCGAUGACCAGCUGAUAAACAAUGAUAAUGCCGAGUGUUUUGUGACAGUAAAUCGAACUCUCGGACUAAUAAAAACCAACAAAACAUCAACAAAAUGGAGGACGACGAAGACGAAAUGUCCUCUUUGUCUAAGGCUCCGUCCACGGUAACUUUAACACCUCAAAACGUCCACAGCUUAACAGUUAUUCCAGAAUCAACUCAGAAAAUCCCACAAUGCCACAUAGUGACCCACCAAGCCAGCGGGGAUUCGAACGAAUCGGAAUCAGAAUCUUUAUCGUUAUCAGCAAAGGCUUCACCUAAGUACUCGCUGCUAUCGAAAUCGCCGCAUUCUAGUUCUUCUCAAGAGGAUUACGAGCCAGAGUCGAAGUACAAAGGACAAUACCUAUCAGCCUCUAUGCGCACCAGCAGCUGCACGACCAAGAGCAUGGAGAGCCUGAGAGCCUCGCCUAAAGGGUUCUUAUCAUCGAGCGAACGUGACGUCAGGAAAGUUUAUUUAGAAACAACAGAAACGAAAUCUUUAGAAAGCAUUGAGCGUGAAAUGAAGCUCAAAAGACACGCCGUAAGCGGUGACGCAGCCUUGGAAAUGACUGGGAGCGAAGACACGUUUACCGCUGAAAGAAAAAGGGUGUUGUGGUCGGGUAAGAUGAGAAUACCGCAACACCUGAGCCUGCCACCACCGACGGGAUACUUGAGCUUAAGUCCUGGGGAUAGAAGAUUGACCAUUUUAUCUCCGCAUUCGCCUCACAAGAUACCUGAUUACUUCACUUCCGGUACGUUGAAGAUGAGGAGGAAAAAAGCCGGGGUGCUGCCUAAGUUGUUGUUGCCUAGAAGCGAUUCGGAUAUCAGCGAGGUUUUUUCGGAGCAUCAUUUUUUAGAUUUCGAUGUUGAAAAUGGCGCCAGUCCCGGUAGAAGUCCCUUGGAUGGAGCGGCAUCGCCGUCGGCCGGCCUGGUCCUCCAAAAUCUCCCCCAAAGGAGGGAGAGCUUCUUGUACAGAUCUGAUAGCGAUUUCGAAAUGUCCCCCAAGUCAAUGUCUAGGAAUUCUUCAAUUGCGAGUGAAAGGUUCAGGGAGACCGAGAACAUAUUGGAAAGAUCCCAUGGCGAAGAUCUGAUUGUGACGCCUUUUGCUCAAAUCCUUGCCAGUUUAAGGAGUGUACGCAACAAUUUUCAGUGUCUCACCAAUGUGCCCGUUAACAAAUCAUCCAGACGUUCGUCUGGAUCGGCUGGAGCUGCCGCAAGUCAGUCGAAAAAUUUUAACCCUGGGGAUGAAGCUUACAUGAAAAUGGCUAUGGAAACUAUGGAGGAGUUAGAUUGGUGUCUGGAUCAAUUAGAGACCAUCCAAACCCAUCGAUCUGUCUCUGAUAUGGCUUCAUUAAAGUUCAAGCGCAUGUUGAACAAAGAGCUGUCUCAUUUCUCAGAAUCGAGCAAGUCUGGUAACCAAAUAUCCGAAUACAUCUGUUCUACUUUUCUUGACAAACAGCAAGAACUCGACCUUCCCCCUUUACACGAUGAAGGUCCAGAAGCGCCCAAACCGACUCAGCGCAAAGACCGCAACAGAGGCGUCCAGUCGACUAUGUCGCAAAUAUCCGGUAUCAAUCGCAAACCCUUGUGCCACACCAACUCCUUCACCGGCGAAAAGUUACCCUUGCACGGCAUCGAAACUCCUUUCGAAGAAGAACUGGGCAAAAGUCUGAUAAUGAUCGACCAAUGGGGCAUCGAUAUAUUCCGUAUUGGAGAGUUGAGUAACGGGAAACCGUUGACAUGCGUUGCGUACACGACGUUUAGCAGUAGAGAUUUAUUAAAGACCUUAAAUAUCCCUCCGAAAACGUUCAUUACGUUCAUGAUGACUUUAGAAGACCAUUACGUCAAAGAGAAUCCCUUCCACAACUCUUUGCACGCCGCCGAUGUCACGCAAAGCACGCACGUGUUACUGAACACUCCAGCCUUAGAAUCCGUUUUCACACCUCUCGAAGUGACAGCUGCGCUGUUUGCGGCUUGCAUACACGACGUUGAUCAUCCCGGUUUGACGAAUCAAUUUCUCAUAAAUUCUAGUUCUGAAUUAGCUCUAAUGUAUAACGACGAAAGCGUACUGGAGAACCAUCAUUUAGCCGUAGCGUUUAAGCUGUUGUCGAACGAAGGUUGCGACAUCUUCUGCAACAUGACCAAGAAACAAAGACAGACGUUAAGAAAGAUGGUCAUCGAUAUGGUGUUGAGCACCGACAUGUCCAAACACAUGACUCUGUUGGCGGAUCUUAAAACCAUGGUAGAAACUAAAAAAGUAGCCGGUUCCGGAGUUCUUCUUUUAGAUAAUUACACAGACAGGAUUCAAGUGUUGGAGAAUUUAGUGCACUGCGCGGAUUUGAGCAAUCCCACCAAACCGUUAUCGCUUUAUAAGCGAUGGGUGGAUCUUCUGAUGGAGGAGUUCUUCCAGCAGGGUGAUAAGGAAAGGGAGGCCAAGAUGGACAUCAGUCCGAUGUGCGACAGGCAUUCGGCGACCAUUGAAAAGACACAAGUCGGUUUUAUCGACUACAUCGUCCAUCCGUUGUGGGAAACCUGGGCGGAUUUGGUGCAUCCCGAUGCCCAAGACAUUUUGGACACAUUGGAGGAGAAUCGCGAUUGGUACCAGAGCGCGAUACCUCCCAGCCCCCCUCCAGAAGAUGAGCCCGAUUCUCACCGGCCCGGCAUCCGUUUCCAAGUGACGUUAGAAGAAGGAGAAGGUGAAUCCGAGGAGGGUCCGAUGUGACGGAAGUUAGGGGGUCUCUGUAGGAAGCUGACCGAAAAGGUGCAGCAUUGGUGGCGCGUCAGGCAGUAAAAAGGGCGCUGGCGCCCUAAACUGACGCACGCCGCACCGCGCAGGCGCGGAGUUUGUUGUGUUUUGCAAUAUAAGCUUGACUGAAUUUUGAAUUUAAAAAAUUUCCGGGCUGAGAUGCCAGCCUGUUCUUAUACGCAGUUCCUGGGAGUGUAGUCUUUUUCGUUUCGAUUUUUUUUUUUUAUUUUGAUUUUAUUUAAUUGACGAAAAUGUGGAUUUCGACGCUUUAGGGCUCAAACGAAAUUUGUAAUGUUUUUCAACGGAAUUAGUUUCGAACGUUCUAAUUUAUUUUUGUAAUUUCUAGAAAUAUAAGUAAUUUUUUUGUUUGUUAUUUAGCGUAGUUUAUUUUCAACCUUUACCUUUCACCCUAAAAAAAUUAAAAUAAGAAUUUUCUAUCUAGUACUAGAAAAAUACAUAUCCUAAACGUAGCCCCCCUCAUAUUUUCCGUUUAUUACUCAUCUUUCCCAAAUUUGAUAAUUGUAUCAAAUAAAAUCGUUCUGACAGCUCCAAUGUCAAUCAGAACUAGUUGUAACCAAGUUGUAACUUAAGUUUCUUUAAGUUGUCAAUAAACAUUUGCGACGUUGGAUAAGUCUAAUUCCGUUGAAAACUAUUUUGAAUAGCAGCAUACUUAAUCAGUGCUGUCAAAAAAUAUAUAUUAGAAAGACUAUUACUGAACUGAUCUAAGCAAUAAUGUGAAUAAAAGUCUAUGCUGAGUAGUUUUCUCUUUCUAUUUUCUUGUGUAUAUGUUAGAUGCUUAAAAAAAUUACACCGUACACUUUUUAGUUGUUUUGCAAUAGUCCCUGCAUACAUUUUUAAAAUCAUGCCAAAAAAAUGGUUGUUAAAUAUAUUAUCAAGUGUAGGAGGAAAGUUAAUGUGAUUAUUAAAUAAAAGGUCGCUGAAAAUUCAUAAAAAAAAUUCAUAAAAUCUGGCAACGUUGCAGAAAUUAUGACAACUUUGACGUAAUAUGUCAAAUGUCAUAUUGAAGAUAGCGAAUUAUUUUUAUGAAAGUUCAGUGACUGUUAUAACAAUGUAAAUAUCACCGUUUUUUUCGUCUUUUGUGUAGAAUUUAAACGAGAACGCGUUAUAAAUCUGAAACGAUUUUCAGUUUAAGUCCUAAAGUAAAGGUCCACUCGAAUUUUUUGGCCUUCUAAAAACCCUUAUUGUGACACGCCUUAUACUUAGGAAGAUACUCUCCCUAUUAACAGAACAUCUUUGUAUAUAUAGUUCAUAUCUUGUAUGUGUAAUACUCAGCCCUAUGUAUAGGUAAUAUAUGUCAUGUCAGCUAUGUUACAUAAAGUAAAAGCUCUCUCAUUACAAAUGAA